CACAUGUCAGAUCAGGGAGCUCUGGAAAUAAAUAAUCACUACUGUAGUUAGUUUCUAUUUUUAAGUUUACUCCAGGUAGAGCUGCAUGGAAGGAAGGGAGAUAGCAUUCUUGUCACCAUUUCACUAACCUAUGACAUUUUCAUAGGAAGUAGCUAGGAUCAGGAGGAAGAGAAAGGCAGGUGUUUAUACUGGUUUAAAUUUAGGGCAUACAAAAGAGAGUUGCUGGGGGUGCUACAAAGUGGAAUAAGAGCUUUUUUUUCUGAGAGUCAGCUCCCAGGCCAAACUUUCUGCUAGUAUAAUACUCUGCUCUGUCUUGCUAGUAUUUUCACAUACCUGGUUAUUUACAAACUGGGGGGAAAAAUCAAAAGAAGUCUUAAAGUACUCUGAAAAGGGACACUAAAAAUGCUUAGUGAAGUUCCAUGUUUUCAGAGUCCCAUUCAUGUCUCGACCAAACUUUGUUGAAUUUUUUUUAUUUGUAAACAAUGAGAUGGGUUUUUUUUUUUUUUAAAUGCUAGUCUGUAAACUCCUUCUGAUCUGGAAGACAAGCUGGGUUCUACUCUAUACUUCUAGAACAAAAAAUGUUAAUGCAAGUGCAAAGUGCAAAGAACUCACUCAGUCAUGCAAUUCCAGAAGUUAAGGUUUCUCCUGCAGUGCUGACUCAAUCAUUUUAUAUAUCAUAGGGAUAUUGAUAUCUUAAUAAUCUAGGCAAUAAUAUAUUAAAGUUUACAUUUCACAAGAAAAAUAUGAAAAGGAAAUUGUAAAUACAUGCAUUAAGGCUCUGCUGAAGUUGUGACAAAAUGUAACUUUAGGACCUUCCUGUGCCUGAUUAUCCUCCAGUCAAACCGGUGCAAAUCAGGAAGUUAGUACGGGUGCCCAGCUAACAAACCAGUGCAAGUCAGAGGAGGAUCAAGUCUCUGACUUUAAGGUGCUUGAUUUCUCAGUGAUGGUGAUCAUGGCAGGGACCGUGAUGCUGGCUUAUUACUUCGAGUACACGGACACCUUCACGGUCAACGUGCAGGGCUUCUUCUGCUACGAGGGCUCCUACCGCAAGCCCUACCCGGGCCCGGAGGACCGCAGCGCCGUGCCCCCGGCGCUCCUCUACGCGCUGGCCGCAGGGGUCCCGGUGCUGGUGAUAAUCAUUGGAGAAACUGCAGUGUUUUGUCUACAGCUAGCUACAAGGGAUUUUGAAAACCAAGAAAAAACCAUAUUAACUGGAGACUGUUGUUAUAUAAAUCCACUGGUGCGCAGAACCAUCCGAUUCCUUGGAAUCUAUGCAUUUGGACUGUUUGCUACAGAUAUCUUUGUAAAUGCUGGACAAGUAGUAACAGGGAAUCUUGCACCACAUUUUCUUGCACUUUGUAAACCCAACUAUACAGCACUUGGAUGUCAACAGUUCACACAGUUCAUCAGUGGUGCACAUGCCUGUACUGGAAACCCAGAUCUUAUUAUGAGAGCCAGAAAAACAUUUCCAUCCAAAGAAGCAGCUCUUAGUAUAUAUGCAGCUACGUAUCUGACUAUGUAUAUUACCAACACAAUAAAAGCCAGAGGAACAAGGCUUGCAAAACCUGUUCUGUGCUUAGGCUUAAUGUGUUUGGCAUUUCUUACUGGUAUCAACAGAGUAGCCGAGUAUCGAAAUCACUGGUCAGAUGUGAUAGCAGGAUUUAUAAUUGGAAUAUCAAUAGCAGUGUUUUUGGUUGUAUGUGUGGUAAAUAAUUUUAGAGGAAGACAACCAGAACAUGAAAAUUCUCAUAUGGAUAAUCUGGCCCAGAUGCCAAUGAUCAGCAUCCCUCGAGUAGAAAGUCCUUUAGAAAAGAACCAUAUCACGGCCUUUGCAGAAGUCACAUGAUGAUGAAGCUGCCGUGUAUUCACUACACUGGACAUCAUCUCUUUUCACAGUCCACUCAUAAUAACUGAAGCGUAUUGAAAAUAAGAGAGUAAAAAUUGUCUGAUUUAUAACUUGAUUUUUAUGACAUUAAAACUACAUCAAUAUUUGAAAACUGCUUCUUAAAUAUUAAAAGUUCAAUUUACUUUCCAACAAAAGCAUUGCACCAUUAUUUAUGUAUUUAUUUAUGGGGUGGGGAGUGGGAAGGAACCUGAACACUAGUCAUGUUUGUAUGACAAUGCCCUCUCUAGCCUUUUUUUGGCUAUUUAUCAUUUUAAUUAUUCAUAUAUCUAUUCAGCAGUACAUUUUCUGAUUGAUUUGGAUUUUUAAAAUCUGAGUUUUUAAUUCAGCAUGACAUUGUUUCCAUUUGAGCAGAUUUCAGUGUAUGACAUUUUUUAAAAAAUUAUGUUCUGUACUAAAAUGCUGUUUGCUCAUUAUAUUAUGCUGUAUUUCACUUAAGAUAUCAUUCAUACCAUAUGUUACAUGUAAGACUGGUGCUUCUGCUUUUGAAGAGAAAAAAUGCCAAUUUUUACUGUAAUAAGUAUUGUAUCAUAAUUAAAAGUUUAUUUGGAUAUUUUCCUGA